UAAAUUAACACGAAAAAGGAAAAGAAUAUAAGGUUGUUCACGCAUAACAUGCGAAGCUCUGUCUCCUCGUCUUCUCGGUCUCCUCGUCUUUCCGCAAAGAUUCAGAAACAUGAUAGAGCCUUGAUGGUUUUGAGCAGGUUCGUGUAGAAAGUUGGAUGUUUUUGGUGUUGAUUAAAAUCUCUAGCUCUCAAAGGUUGGAUCUUUCUGGAAUUGAUAUAUUAAUAUAUUGCAAUCAAUAAGAUAUUGAUGGGGGCGUUAUUAAGCCUAAACAGUUCCAGGGCUGGAAUGAGUGAGCCCUUUGAGGUUUCCCAAAAUGAAACAUGCAAGAGGCAGAAGUUGUCAUCCUGUUUUUGUGAGGAGAACCCAAGAUUGAUUCCCAGUCUUCCCGAUGAGAUAUCCUAUCAGAUUCUUGCCAGAAUUCCAAGGAUUUAUUACUUGAACAUGAGGUUAGUUUCUCGAGCCUGGAAAGCUGCCAUCAUGAAUACUGAACUUUUCAAUAUAAGGAAAGAACUUGGAACAACAGAGGAAUGGCUCUAUAUAUUGACUAAGGUUGAAGGUGACAAGCUUUUGUGGUAUGCUUUGGAUCCUCUGUCAAGAAGAUGGCAGAGGUUGCCGCUGAUGCCCAAUGUUUCUAUUGAAGACGGAUCCAGGAAAGGUUUAGCUAGCCUUAGAAUGUGGAAUGUGGUGGGCUCGAGCAUAAAAAUUGCAGAUGUCAUAAGGGGUUGGCUUGGGAGAAAGGAUGCAUUGGACAGAAUGCCAUUCUGUGGGUGCGCCAUUAGUGCUGUUGAUGGCUGCCUUUAUGUGUUAGGAGGAUUCUCUAGAGCUUCAGCCCUGAGGUGUGUUUGGCAGUAUAAUCCAGUUCUAAAUUUGUGGAGUGAAAUAAGUCCAAUGUCAAUUGGUAGAGCCUAUUGUAAGACUGGCAUCUUAUGUAAUAAGCUAUAUGUUGUUGGAGGGGUUACCAGGGGUCGUGGUGGAUUAACUCCACUUCAGUCUGCUGAAGUAUUUGAUCCUCAUACUGGUAUAUGGUCUCAAAUACCAAGCAUGCCAUUUUCAAAAGCUCAGGUUCUACCCACUGUCUUUCUGGCUGAUCUACUCAAACCCAUUGCCACAGGAAUGACAUCAUAUAGGGGAAGGUUAUUUGUACCUCAGAGUUUAUAUUGUUGGCCAUUUUUUGUUGAUGUUGGAGGGGAGGUGUAUGAUCCAGAGGUAAAUUCAUGGGUUGAAAUGCCAGUGGGCAUGGGUGAGGGUUGGCCUGCAAGACAGGCAGGAACAAAAUUGAGUGUCACUGUUGAUGGUGAGUUGUAUGCACUUGAUCCAUCUAGUUCUCCCGAAAGUGCUAGGAUCAAGGUGUAUGAUCACCAAGAUGAUGCUUGGAAAGUUGCAGUAGGAGAGGUCCCCAUUCCUCACGUUACUGAGUCAGAGUCUCCCUGUUUGCUUGCUGGUUUACUAGGAAAGCUUCAUGUGAUUACCAGAGAUGCCAAUAACAUCUCGAUCCUGCAGACUGAUGUGCAAAACCAUCUUACUUCCCUACCUUCAACUACAUCGGGUGACUCCUCUUGUGUGCAUGCUAUGUCUGCAGAAUCUGCACCAGCAAUCGGAACAAAUCUUUGGAGGGUUAUUGCCACAAGGAUGGCUGAAUCUUCUGAACUAGUGAGUUGUCAGACCCUCAAUAUCUAGUGCCAUCAUGAGGGUGCUAAGGGAUCUGAGUCGGCAUCAACUUUCCAGACAUUGGUCGAUACAAUUAUUCUGUUGUGUUUCAGUUGCCCUUAUUUGAUUUACCAAAAAGGUUGAUUUAGCAAGCAGCCCGUUGAAAUUGGGAUUUAUGUAAGUUAUAAACCUUCUCUUAUAUCCUCGUAUAAUGUAAAGAAUUCAAAUUUUCUUAAAGCUGGAAAGCAUGAUAGCUCAAAUUAUCAUCUUGUUUUA